UUUAGAUAAUAGAAAGAGCUGCUAAAACCUCAGAAACUUCGUGCUCAACGUCACCCACUGAAGAAGAAGAAGAAGUAUUUCUUCUAUACAUAACCGUGGGGCGAAAGAAACCUGCAUUACAUCUUACUCUUAUAAAUACAGAUAACUAGGUAUUGUCAUUGUUUUCCCAAAUCAAUCCCCAUUCUCUCCCUCUCUCUCUCGGUCGGAAUUUAGGGUUUUUCAUCUAUCUCAAUACCUCGUUUUUUUAUUCAUGCAAUUUAUACCCAACUUUCAGAUUUCAUAGUAAUCAUAGAUUUUUUCACUUGUUUUUUCUCAGACUUUACCUACAAUAAUGGGUAAAGACGAGAACCGUGAGGAAACUGUAGAUCUGUUUUUGAGAAUAGGAUUGGAUGAAAAAACUGCGAACAACACUGUUGCUAAUAACAAGGUUACAACGAACCUAAAAGCGGUUAUCCACGAGGCAGGAGUGACUGAUGGAUGUAGCAAAGCCGUAGGAAAUCUUUUGUAUACGGUUGCUACUAAAUUCCCUGCUAAUGCACUUGUACAUCGACCUACUCUGCUUGAAUACAUAGUAUCACUAAAGAUUAAAUCCCCUGCUCAAUUAGAGGCAGCUCAUACAUUUCUUGGACGCCUGGGUUCGGAGAAUCUUCAGCUGAAUGAAUUUGAGGAGGCUUGUGGUGUAGGAGUAGAAGUUUCGUUAGAGGAAAUUGAACACACUGCCUCCAUGGUUUUGGAAGAGAAAAGAGAUAUGAUCUUGGAGAUGCGCUACCGAACAAAUGUUGGUGAACUACUUGGCCAAAUUCGAGCUACGCACCCAUGGGCUGAUGCAAAGAUUGUGAAGGAAGUAAUUGACAAGAGACUAUAUGGAUUGCUGGGAGAGAGGACUGCUGCAGAUAAUGAAAAACCUGUAAAGAAGAAAAAGGAAAAACUUCCUAAAGAGGAUGUUAAAGUGAUGGCUGUGCAGACUCCUUCAGUACCACCAACUGAAGAAGAACUCAAUCCCUUCACUAUAUUCCCUGGGCCAGAGGAAAAUAUAAAGGUGCAUACAGAAAUAUUCUUUAGCGAUCGCCCUGUAUUAAGAGUCUCCAAUACAAAGGAGAUACUUAAAAAGCAUUUGGAAGAGACCGGUGGUAGAGUCUUCACCCGCUUCCCUCCUGAACCAAAUGGGUAUCUACAUAUUGGUCACGCUAAGGCUAUGUUUGUUAGUUUUGGUCUAGCGAAAGAGAGGGGUGGAUGUUGCUACCUCAGGUAUGAUGAUACAAACCCCGAUGCUGAAAAGAAAGAAUACAUUGAUCAUAUUCAAGAAAUUGUGCGAUGGAUGGGGUGGGAACCUUUCAAGAUCACGUACACCAGUGACUAUUUUGAAGAACUCUAUAAGUUGGCUGUAGAACUGAUCAAGAAGGGUCAUGCUUACGUUGAUCACCAGAGUGCAGAAGAAAUAAAAGUGUCUAGGGAAAACAAAAGGAACAGUCCGUGGCGGGAUAGGCCAAUUGAAGAAUCACUAAAGCUGUUCAAUGACAUGAAAAUGGGUUUGAUUGAAGAAAACAAAGCGACACUUAGAAUGAAGCAAGACAUGCAGAGUGAUAACUUUAAUAUGUAUGAUCUGAUUGCUUAUCGUAUAAAGUUUACUCCUCACCCACAUGCCGGAGACAAGUGGUGCAUAUAUCCCAGUUAUGACUAUGCUCACUGCAUUGUGGAUUCUCUUGAAAAUAUCACUCAUUCGCUGUGCACACUCGAAUUUGAGACUCGCCGCGCUUCAUACUACUGGUUGUUGGAUGCAUUAAGCCUAUACCAGCCCUAUGUUUGGGAAUAUUCACGGUUGAACAUCACUAACACGGUGAUGUCUAAGCGUAAGUUGAACAAGCUUGUGACUGAUAAGUGGGUUGACGGGUGGGAUGAUCCUCGUCUAAUGACACUAGCUGGUUUACGGCGGCGAGGAGUUUCUGCAACUGCAAUUAAUACUUUUAUCAGAGGAAUCGGAAUCACUAGAAGUGAUAAUAGCACAAUACGCUUGGACCGCCUUGAAUACCACAUAAGGGAAGACUUAAACAAAACAGCAGCCCGACAAAUGGUUGUGCUGCAUCCUCUGAAGGUAGUCAUUACAAAUUUAGAUGACAAAACUAUAUUGGAUCUUGAUGCGAAGAAGUGGCCUGAUGCGCAAACAGAUGAUGCAUCUGCUUUUUACAAGGUUCCUUUUACAAAUGUUGUAUACAUUGAAAGGUCUGAUUUCCGAACCAAGGAUUCAAAAGACUACUAUGGACUUGCUCCUGGAAAAUCGAUAUUACUAAGAUAUGCUUUUCCUAUAAAAUGCACAGAAGUAGUCUAUAGUGAUGAUGGCGAGACGAUUAUGGAGAUCCGGGCAGAAUAUGAUUCUUCCAAGAACACAAAACCAAAGGGUGUUCUUCAUUGGGUUGCACAGCCUUCUCCAGGAGUUGAUCCUUUGAGGGUGGAGGUUAGGUUGUUUGAUAAACUAUUCCUUUCUGAGAAUCCGGCUGAACUUGAAGAAUUUCUCACGGAUCUCAACCCCGAAUCCAAAGAGGUGAUACCAGAAGCAUUUGCUGUGCCCUCUUUACGGGAUGCAGCAGUCGGGGAUAAGUUUCAGUUUGAAAGGCUUGGGUAUUUUGCGGUGGAUCCGGAUUCUACUCCAGAGAAACUUGUCUUCAAUAGAACUGUAACGCUUCGUGAUUCCUAUUCGAAGGGUGGGAACAAGUAGUAGCUGCUCGUGCUUUUUGAACGUGAAGCUGGUCAGUUAACAUGUGUUCCUUACGAAAUUGAACAUAUCUGCAUUUGGAGUUCAAAACGAAACUGCAGUAGUUAAAAUAUAUUGUAACAGUGAAAUACGAGGGAUUAGUUUUCAUAGUCGAAGGAAAGGUUUGACAUUUUGUUAUACAGGCAUUGGUUUACAUUCUGCAAUCUUAGUUUGCGCAUUAUCUUUAUUGUGUCCAUUAGUAAAUGUUUGUUUGAUGUAGUAUGUUAAACCUUUUACACUAUGAAUGAUAUGGUUUACUUCCAGUUCUCUUUA